AUGAAAGUACAAGCCUUCGCUGUGGUACUUUUCGCCUCACUGUUUGUUUGUGCUACGUGUGUGCAUCCUGACAAGAUCGAGCCAUUUCCUCAGCCCAUACCGACAUGUGCCACACAAAAACUUGCUCUCAAGUACAAACCUCUUCUGUAUACAUCGAUGGUCGUCUGUGUUCCAUAUGCUGCCGUAGAUGCUGAUGGAGAGGUCAGUGAUGGAUUGAAGGGUAGUAAUGGAAACGAUGGAUGCACGUAUGCUCGCCAUGGCUCUCAAAUCUAUGGUCGUAUAGGGUCGUACGAAAAUCUCUCGGCUAUCAUGUACGCAUGGUACUUUCCAAAACGUUUUUGGCUUGGAUUCCCGAUACAACGUCACGACUGGAAAAGUGUUGUAGUGUGGCUUAAUGACUUGAAAUCAAUGACUCCCACGAUUGUAGCGGUCUCCAUGGCCAAGUCCGAUACUCGUUAUAAAACAGUUACGAAAUUGGAUUUGAAUGAUUUUGCCAGACUCCAAGUAGGAUCCAACGUUGUAAUCUCCAACACAUCCCUUCGAUUUGAAUAUUUUGAAUUUGGUCUGCGCUCGUCGAAUAUACGACUCACUGGUCAUAAUGGUCAAUACCAGAAAUUGAUCUUGUGGGAUCAACUCACAGAUCCGGCUCGUGAUGCUCUUAAUGAAGACAGUAACUUUGGAUCAGCCGUGGUCCCGUUUAAUGACAACCAAUUCAAGGAUCAUCUACAGGAGGCAUAUCCACUAGAGAAGGUUUAA